AUGUUGUCGUUUCUUAAGGGUACAAAAGACUUUUUUAAAGUAGUAAUUUUGGGUAUCGAUGAUUCAGGAGAAGUGAAUGAGAAAGAACUUCAGGAUUAUGGUGACACAGAGCAGAUUAAUGACGGUGCUCCAGUUGAAAAUAAAUCACCUCUUGGUUAUAAUGUGAGUAAUUUGACCGCAUGCUAUUUAAUCAUUCAGGGUGUUAUUGGUACAGGUAUAUUUGCCACUCCAGCAACAAUUUUGAAGUCGGUUGGAUCCGUUGGUGCCAGUUAUCUUUUUUGGAGUGUGGGUUUUGUUGUAAAUCUUUUCAUUGUUUUCAUGUAUGUUGAAUAUGUUACUUACUUCCGAAGAAGAUCUGGAGCUCAAGUUGCUUACUUAGAGCAAGCCUAUCCUAAGCCAAAAUUUAUGAUUCCUGUUCUCUAUGCUGCUGUUUCAGUGACACUUUCAUACAUUACAUCCUCAGCCGCAUCUUUUGCUCAGUACGUUUUUGAGGGGGCUAAUUAUAAUGCAACAGCUUGGCAGGAAAGAGGGCUUUCUGUUCUUCCACUUUUCCUUGCUGCAAUAUUUACCAUAUUGAGUACUAAAUGGAGUCUUCGUCUUAACAAUUUGAUUGGAUGGUGCAAGGUGUGCUUUGUGCUUUUUAUAUCUUUCUCGGGAUUCGCCGCUCUUGCCGGAUCCACAAAAGCUCCGAAAAAUCAUGAGAUUUUUAAGAAUGCUUGGAAAGGAACAACCACUGAUGGAAACAGCAUUAGUAACGCUAUUUUAAAAGUUGUGUUUUCAUUCGGGGGAACACCGUAUGCAUUCACCGUUGUUGCAGAAACACAUCCAAAGAAUACAAUCAGAACAUACAAGUACUUUGUUCCAUUUACCUUGUUCCUCAUUUUUAUCAUGUAUAUUCUUUGUGUUACCGCAUAUUAUGCUGGAAUUGGAAACUUCAAAGAGAUCACUGACAGUGGAAAUUUGGUUGCCGCUGUUUAUUUCAGGAAAAUUUUUAAAACGCAAGCAUCUGUUCGUGCAAUGUGCGCAUUCGUGGCACUUUCCUCUUUUGGCCAUAUGUUAACAGCAUUUAUCGCACACUCAAGAAUUCUUAGAGAGUGUGGACGACAGGGUGUACUUCCAUAUCCAAAUCUUUGGACAAGUGUCAAGCCAUUUGGAACCCCAAUAUUACCUAUUGUAGUGACAUUAUGUGUCAACUUGAUUGUGUUGUUAGCCCCACCACCAGGAGAUGCUUACAACUUUAUUGUGGACUUGGGAUCAUAUGCUGAUUACAUUUUUAAUGUUUUGUUAUCAUUUGGUCUCUUUAGAAUUAGAAUGCAAAGAAAAAGACGUGGCCUUGGAUACAGAGAGUUCCAUAUUCCAACCCCUCUACUUAUAAUAGUUUUACUUUGGUCCCUCUUUGUCAUUGCCAUGGCCUUUGUUCCACCUAAGGGUACCUUAAUAGGAAGUGACGUUUCCUUCUUCUAUGCCACAUAUCCAAUUACAACAUUCGGUAUAUUUGGUUUGUGUAUUUGCUAUUAUAUUGUGUGGGCUUGGGUUCUUCCUCACAUUGGAAAGUACAAACGAAGAGUUGUUUCAUAUGAACUUUCUAACGGAGAAAAGGGACAUAGAGUGGUUAAGGUCUCUUUUAAAGAUAUUGAAGCUUGGGACAAACAGCAUGGACCUCAAAAGGAUUCUUUAGUGGCAAGUGGAUUUGAUGAUGAGCCAGAGGGAAGUUUAGAGACUACCGUGUGUAAUGUUUCAGAAGGGAGUAUCAAAGAAAAAGAAGCAUCAUUGACAAAAUAA